AUGUCGCUGUUUACAGCGCUCAAUUUCACACCAGAUGAAGCACUUCAGGAGGCAGAACAACAUUCCCGCGAAUUGCAGGUGGAAGAGAGCUUCAAAGUCUACCAGAGUGCUCUAUUGCAUCUGAAGGCCAAAAAGUUUGAACAGGCAGAGGAUAAAUUCAAGGAGCUCUUCAGCAUCGACGUAAUUAAGGCUGAUAGGUGGGGGCAAUUCAAAUAUAGCAGUGCUAUUCUAGAGACGCUUCGAUACCUAGCGUACCGUAAUCGCGGAGUGUUUUAUUACCGUUAUUUGCAGGACAAAUACGGCAGUAUAGAGCCGCACGACGUCGUGGAAUACACACUUCGUACAGUGGAAAACCUAAUUGAUGCUUUGCAACAUGGGGAUUGUGAUUUUGCGGUAUCCAAACUACUUCUGGACAUUUUCACAAGCUUCAGGAGCCCGAAAUUGCAACGGCUUGUUCUGGAGUAUGAAUUGGUAAAAAGCUCAGAGCUCACAAUGACACUGAACAGGAGGCGCUCUGUUCUCCCGGAAACUCGCGGCUUUAUUUUCAAUUAUGUGCAACUUCUGAAAGAACUGCGAGAUACAUUGUCCUUAGAGGCUGACUCCGUAACGCGUCUAAAGAGGUUUAUAGCGUCAAAACCUGAAAAUGUCUCGCCCUUACCACCGUUUUUGUCGCAAAUUCAGAAGAUGCGACUAGAGGACAGCUUAAGUCUUAAAGAGCCUAAUGUGAUAGAAGCUGAAAUUAAUGAAAUCAGCUGGGAAGCAGUGGCCGAUGCCAUUACAUCUGCACUUCCGAAGUACAAACACUCGAACUUUUUCAGUCGUAUCUCUGACCCUUACAAUGAAGCCGAGGAACCUAUAGAGCAUCUAAAGUUCGUUUUCAAGGAGGCCGAUAAUGACCACACAGCACUAGAAUCCGAGCAAACGAUACAAGAGCCCAAAGCCGCAACCAUCAUGGAUGACGCUGGUGGAAAUGGCCCACAUAGAAACCAAGAUGCUUCAACGAUAACGAAUGACGCCGUUGAAGACCAAUUAAACGGAAACAAAAGAAAACUAGAAUCAGACGACGCUGAUAAACCCUCACAGAGAUCCAGCAAGAGAUUCAAAGAGAAACCUCCCGCUGUUAUUGACAGUAAAAACAUGGACACGCACGAACGAUUCUUCAAUGUAAUAAACGACAUCUCGAUUUCUCUAGGGUAUUCCUUUAGGCUAAGCGUAGAGAAGAUGAACCCAUUGGAUCUCGAUCAGGAAGCACCAGAGUUUUGUGCUAUCUCUGACCUCUACGAAUGCCUAGGUUCUUGGACUAACAAGCAUAGCGAGUUCUUGAAUCAAAGUGAGACUAAGAACUCAAGAAACUCCGAGAGCGAAGUGGAAAGCUCUUUUCAGCUAAACGCGCUGAUAAGAACAAGCGUUUUGUCGGGAGAUAACUGCCCGAUUGAAUCUCUCACAGAUUUACCCUCCGACGAAAUACAAACAUUCAUUGAUAAAAUUAACCUACAAGACCACCAUUUCCAGGAGGUUAGACUUCAAUUGCUCGACAUUCUAUUAUCCACGCGCCAAGAUGGAAGAUGUUUAAUCAUAGAUACGUUUUGGAGUCCCUUACUUUUCAAAGCUGUCGAAUCCUUAGUCAUGAGUGUUGACGGGAAUCUAUACUACAUGAUGGUUGAGAACAACACUAGAAUGCUCUCCCUCGGGCUUUCAACUUAUGAGAUUCUCGUUAACAUGAUGGGCAUUAUUCACAGCAACAUCAACGCCAAAAGGCUUCAAGGCCAGAAAAUCAAUGAACUUGAGACUCAGAAGAACAAGCUUGAACGUAAAAUAAGUACGUGGACCGUUCUUUUGGAAGAUGUGGAAUUGAAAGAUGAGCGAUCUCGCUUUCGCUUUUUGUGGGCAAAAUUUUGUUCUCUCCAAUACACGAUAGGCAUAAAUGACGACAAGCUGAUCGAUAGCUUGCAAGAAAUGGAAGGGUCUAUCGAAAAACAUGCACCAUCGGUGAAUGUACCAUAUUCAAAUUAUAGCACUAUCCCCCAGCUUAACUUGAAAGCAGUGCAAAGCCAGCUAUCAAGACUAAAAAUAGUGCGAAAAAUCACCUCCAUCGAUAUCAACGCACCAAGUCAUAAUAAUGAUGCUGCUACUGAACAGCAGAUGCAGUUGAUCAAAUACGCUUUAGUGUUCGAGGAGAAAAUGCGAAUGGAGCCUUCAGAGGAGGAUUCAAUGGAGGCUUUUUUGAAAGACUCUCCUUUUCUUUUGAAGGUAAAACUGUGGAGACUUCUAAUAUCGUACUACAGUCGCCGGGACAUGAAGCUCGCCGUUUCAAUCUUUUUCAGAAUUUUGAACAUCCUUCACUCCAAAAUUUGUUGCGCAAACUACAAAGCACAGUCACAUUUGCAACGACAACAGACGCUUUUACUUACCAUAAGCUGCAUGGGGGGCUUCACUAGAGACCUUCUCGAUCUUAUUUUUGAACAUUUGAGAGUCGAGCUUGUUGAGCAAGUGGACAUCAAGCCGGGUCUUUUAAUUUUGUUGAAAUGGUUGAAUCUUCUCUAUCCGAUCGUCUUUUUCGAAAGUUUGUGCCAGAAUGACUCCACAAUGAAAUCGUUCUUCAGUAAAGCGAAGAAAUCUUCGAGUAAACUUAAAAAUAUUUUCGCAGACCUAGUCACAUCUACCAUCUACAUCUGUCGCAUUUUGGAAUCUUGUGACCCCAACUUUUUGAAACGACAGUACGGGCUUAUUGAUUUGAUUGAGACCUCUCAUGAAUUGAUGGGACAGUUCAACUUCUGUGAUGCUUCCAAUGGAUCUUACCUCAGUUUUUCAGAGCAGAUAUUGUGCGACAAAGGAGAUGAAAAAGGCUUUAAACAUAUUAGGCAAGUUCUAUGGUGUCAAUAUCAUUUCAUUGUCGGUGGCGAGAACAGCACCGUAAAGCAACAUAACACGAAGGGGAGGGAAAUGAACCAGGAAAGUGCCGUCGCUGCCGGGAAGUUUCUGAUCGAUUCACAUUACAGCGAUAAAAAUCUAUUGAUCGCUUGCGGAAAUAAGACAAAUCUCAAACAGAUACUGGAUAACAUCAUUCAGGUGAUCGGAGACGUUAAUUUUAUGGGAAACCACAUCUUAGCUCGCAACGACUUCUUCUUGGAGCAGUACUUGAAGUCAAUGAUAACGACCGACAUUUUCAGAGCAGCAUAUGCCGGGGAAAUUUCAGUUGAACUCCUGGAGCCUAACGAUGGCCUUCAAAGCGUGGCAGAUACGGGCAUUUUUUAUGUCGCAGCUAUUCAGGCUUUGAACCUUUACAAGGUACGCAAGAAGGCUACCCAAGCGCGGCCAUCUGAGCUGGACUCCAUUAUCACGACGCUUAAGACUGAUAUACUCUACAAGACGGAGCGCUUUGAAAGCUGGUUUCUUUUGGGCAAAUGCUAUUCCUUCCGGGUAGAGGAUGACCUUAUUUGGACUUCGGACAAGCUAGCCACCCACGAGAAGAGAAGGGGCACCACGGAAUUACAAAGGCAGUCCAUAUUGUGCUAUUUGAUGGCCCUAGGAAUUGCAACGCGCAACAGGAGCAAGUUUCAGGAAGGCCCUAAUUUACGCGAUUACCAUCAAAUUUUGAAAGAACUUCUCGAAACACUGUCGGAAGAAUUACUGAAUGGCUUUUUGAAGCCAAUGGAAAAGUCAUGCUUUCAGUGGAACUCGCCAUCGGCCUUAAAAUUGAAAGCAGAUGGAGAAAUCUGUAUCAGCUCUGCACCACUUGCACAAUCUGUGAGUGACUAUAACAUCGAGCAGGCCAUUCUCGUUGGACUAUCUAAAGCUAUUCAGAUAGAGACGGUGAAUCUGGGUCUUCAGCUCUCCCAACGCAACUGGAAAAGCUUUUACUAUUCUGCGAAAAUAAUAUUUAAAAGGUGCAUGCGAGAAUUCAAGUCUGUGGGACUUGACAUGCUUUUGGAGGCAUGUAGCCUUUCGGAAGAUGCCGCGAGUACAAAGGAUGUGAUACUAGAACCACACUAUUUUCUGGUCACGUCGUGUUUCAAGCUAGUCCCCAGACACAUUUUAACGGCAAAGCAAGCCUUGUCAUACCUUCGCUUGGAUAACAGUGUUUUCAAAAAAGAAGACAGCUUCUGGGAGUGUGAAGAAAGUAAUGAACUGGAGGAAACUAGCAAAAACUUCAAUGAGAAGAUUCUAGACCUAUUACGAUGCCUGGUAGCUCUCGAUAAAACGAAAUGGCAUCAUCGGCCAAAAUAUCGCAUUGCAAGGAUUCUUUAUGAUCAGUUUGGCGAUCUGGACGGCGCUAUUGCAGAGAUGGACGAGAUCAUGUUUUUGAAAAGUUCCAAUAAAAGUCUGGUCAAUAUAUGGAAGCCCGAGUUUGAACGCCCCGGAAAACACUUCAUCUACACGUACCAGUAUGUGAUGUUUUACCUGGACCUAUUGUUCUGUCGCCACGACUACACGAACAUUGCUCUGGUAGCCAAGAAACUAAAGCGAUUUGGUGCAGGUAUGGUCAACGUGGGCCUAGCAAGUGAUCGGGCACUGAGACUUUUUUGUCAGGCUGUACAACAUAAAUUCAACGUCAACGAGAAGCAGGCCAUCGACAAGCUGCUUCCGGCGCUCAACUACGCACAGUUUAUCAAUUACAGUGACGAAAUUUUCCAAACGUUCGACGCAACCAAAUACGAUCCAGAAGUGCUAGCCACGCUGACACAUGCUCUACACCUCAAGAAGGGCAAUAACGGAUAUGAUGGGAUUUGCAUGGCGCUCUAUUUUACCUACAUUUACCAGCCUUUUGUCUCGCAGAAAACCGAUGGAAUUUCAAGCGUAGUAGAAGUGCAAAUUGAACCGCGGAAAAUCGUAGAAAACGGCCAAGAAUCGGUGAAGGAAUUCUUAGCUGGAACUCCACUAAAAGGCAAGCCAACUACCAGCCGGAAGAAGGUCAGCAAGAAGGAUGCCUUCGACAAGAUAACUGCCUUGGUCGAAAAGAAGAUCACGUGA